GCUCUCUGUUUGUUGGCAUUCUUCGCUUUUGCUUACUUCGUUAUUCUAAUUUACCGUGCAAUUCCAAAUGGACAAUACCGAUAUCUUUUUUCGAUGAUUAUUGAAGGGAAUCAAGUGAUAUCGAGAAAUUUGCCAGGACCGGGAGGUCCGAACAAUACUGCUCCUUAUAUUUAAAUGGAAAAACAUGGUGAUUUUGUAAAUUUUUUUGUGAGAUAAGGGAUCGAGCUGGGUCUGGGACAAGGUCUAUGAUUGGGGGGAAGUCCGACCCAGGCUUUUUUGAGCUUCCUAGGGGAUUUUCAGUGCCUUUUCCAUGCUUGUGCUUUUUUUAGACUUUCUGGGUUUCUGGGCCCUGGAGAAGCAAGCCCCAGGAGUUUCAUGGGUUUUUUAAACAUUCUGGAGGUUUUUUGGGGUUUUUUGAAUUUUUCUUGGACCACGUGCCCAAACAACGAUCAAAAUAUUUAGUCCAAGUCCAAGCUCGAUCUCUCUUAUUAAAUAACAUUGCGGUCCAAAUCUUAAAUCAAAGGCAUAAUUAUUUUUAAUUUUUUCCUUCGUGCCCUCUACUUUCUAAUUUUAAAUUAUCCCUUAAAUGUGCACUUUUAUUUUCUGUAUAAAAUAUAUAAAGAACGUUAAAAUGUCUAUUGAAAAAUUGUUUUAAAUCCAUCUUUUAUCUUUUUUAAUUUUCUUUAUUAUUUUAACAAUUUUAUUUUUUUUUAAUUAAUUAAUGGCAUCAAAAAACAUUAUCCGUCCGUUGGAAAAUAAAGUUGCGUUGGUGACUGGGGCAUCUCGUGGAAUUGGUAGAGGAAUAGCCUUGCAAUUGGGACAAGCUGGGGCAAUUGUUUAUUUGACUGGAAGAGCCCCUUCAAAUUCUUUUUCACAAAAUGAAUUGCCUUCUCUUGAACAGACUGCAAAAGAAAUUAAAGACAAUGGAGGCAAUUCACAUUCAAUAUAUUGUGACCAUUCAAAAACUGAAGAAGUUCGUUCACUCUUUAAACGUAUUGAACAGGAACAAGGCGGACGUUUAAAUAUUCUCGUCAAUAAUGCUUAUUCUGGAGCUCCAAGUUUAAUGAAAAAUGCCGGCAAAAAGUUUUGGGAAUGCGAGCCUGAAUUUUGGGAUGAUAUAAAUGAAGUAGGCCUUAGAAAUGCUUAUUUUUGCUCUACAUUUGCAGCACGUUUAAUGGUUCCAAAAGGAGAUGGUUUAAUAGUAAAUAUAAGUUCAGCUGGAAGUUUACAAUAUUUAUUUUCUGUGCCAUAUGGAGUUGGAAAGACUGCAAUAGAUAGAAUGACGGCAGACAUGGGAUUUGAGCUUAAACCAUUUGGUGUUACUUGUGUAUCGCUAUGGCCAAGUUUUGUCAGAACCGAAUUGGCGACAUUGGAGGCUAAUGAAGUGCAAUUUUCUAAAGCAGCUGGAAUGACCACAGAAGCAUUUAAAAAUUCCUUAGCAACCGCAGAAACAACAGAAUUUGUUGGCAAAGCAGUUGUGGGAUUGGCAAGUGAUCCAAAGAAGAUUAAAAAGACGGGAAGAAUACACAUUACUGAAGAUUUGGCGACAGAAUAUGGAUUUACUGACAAAAAUGGUGAACUUAAAGAUUUGUAGAACCUCGCUAUAAGAUACC